AAGAACAGGUCUCCGAGUAUGAGGAAGAGUACUUGAACAUCCAAGUACGAGUACGAGUACUUUUUUGUUGUACUACCGAGUACGAGCAUGAUGAGUAUGAGUACCUGUAUUCUGAGUACGAGUACGUGUAUUUCCAAAAACAGAACCGGUAUUGCCAUCAAUAUGGAGAACGUGAAUUCUAUUGAAGAUGAGUUCCACGUCAGACUUACUGAACCAGUUGAUCUUGACGAGCUGUGUAACCCUGAUGGUAGAGGCUCCGAGUUUGAAGUCGUACUCCCUGAAGCCCCGGAAGAGAAGCAGUAUUUUGACGAAGAAGAUGUUUUCAAACACUUGAACUACGAGGUCAAUAACGUGGACGGCAGUGACUCAGAAGAUGACAAUCAGACUCCAUUUGACUCAAUUGCCAAAAAAAUGUUCUCAGUAAUUGGUGAUGGCAGUGUGAUGAAACGAGUCAAGAGGGUUGGCUCAGGUGAAGUCAUCCCAAAGGCUUACACUGCUACCAUUCAUUAUGAGGGUUAUGUGGAAUACUGCGAUGUUCCCUUUGAUUCUACCAGACUACGCGGUAAAACACAGAAAAUCAGACUUGGAGAAGGUCAAGUGAUUCUAGGUCUUGAGGUGGCGGUAGGAACGAUGAGGAAAGGAGAGAAAUCAGACUUUUUGAUUCAACAUCAGUAUGCCUAUGGCCCUAUGGGUGUGCCUCCCAGGAUCCCAGGAAAUGCUACUGUCCUGUUUGUGGUAGAGCUUCUGAAUUAUUCUGAUACUCCUCUUGUGCCUGAUAUGGAUACCUGGUCCGCAGAACGGAGAAAAGACGCAACCUUUGAAGAAAUCCUUGACAUUGCAAAUGCGUACCGUAAGGCGGGCAAUGAUGCAUUUAAUGGCGACGAAAAUGGCCACAAAAGAAUAUCCAAAGCGGCUUCACAGUAUAUCAAGGCGAUACGACUGCUUGAAAAUGCUAGACUUGCCAAUCAGUCCGAGGAAGACGAAAUGAAGAGAGUACUGCUGAAGCUGUACCUGAACCUAGCACUGUGCGACAUCAAGCAGGGGCAAUGCCCAAGGGCGUUAUCCAACUGCAUCAAGGCAUUAGAGAUUGACCCUCAGAACAUUAAGGCUAUGUACAGACGUGGUCAGGCUCUCUGGCACAGUAAUGAAUUUGACAAAGGCAGACACUGGAUCCUCAAGGCACAGAAGCUGAACCCUAAAGACGCUCACAUCCAGGCAGAACUCAGGAAGUUGGACAGAAAGAAAGCCGAAAUGGAUCAACUUCACAAGGCAACGUACCAAAGAAUGUUUGCUUCAGCAAACUCGACCAGCAAAAGUAGCGAUGUAGCUAAAGAAGCCAAGACGAAAGAUAAACAGAAGAAGUGCACUCCAGAAGCACAAGACCUACUACAGACCAAACUCAAAGAGUUCAUAAAGGAUGACGUUUUGACGGAGAUGCCGUUUGCGCUGGAUACGUUAACAUCUGCUGAGACUGAAUAUCUUCAGCAAGCUGCUUUGGAAAUGGGCCUAGAAGUCAGGACACUACACCAGAACUCAGACAAAUAUCUGAAGAUCUUGAAGCCGAAGCCAGAAGCUGAGCAGUGAGGAAGGCUAAAGGACUGUUCUGCCUGGAUCUACUUGGCUUCUUAGCAGUGUGGUAGUCAAACCCACCACAAGUCCCCACCAGUUCAUCAAAUUUCAAUCACAACUCAAGUCGAGCUACUUCAAUAAAUUGUGACACAGGCAUUCCUUAGAUAGUGUUCGCCCACCUUUUUACGCAUGAUUCAACUUGUGAACGGACUUGUAAUUAUGACUUGUGACUUGUUACACACUCUCGAGCUGUCCCUGAUAAGAAGUCUUCUACAUGGCAUAGGGUCUGCCUACACAAUGAUCAUUCCCAAUCUCUAGCUUUGGGGUCCUAGGGGUUUUUUUUUUUUUUGCAGCAUACAUCGUAUUUUUACCAAUCACAUCACGCACUCUAACAUGAAUGUUUAUUACGCUGUGUGGAUGGAAGACACGUAGGUCCUCGUAGUGUUUCCCUUCAAUUGUACUUAUCCCAACCAACAAAAAUGUUUGUUGUAAGGGGACAUGGGUUCGAACCACAGUUCUUGGGGUCCUAGGUCACUUUGGCAGCUCGACGAAAGCCGGUCUUUGAAAUGCUUUA